UUAAUAAUAUAUCUUUAAACAAAGAAUUAAUGACUUUCAUAGUUACGUGUUAUAGAUAAGAAAUGUUAUCGAUGUUACGUUUCGAUUCAAAAGUUAUUGAGAUUUAUAUUGUGUUUUAUUUAGCUAAGGUAUUAGGCCAAUCAAAGAGGUGUUUAUUUAGUGGUUUUUCUCUAAAUCAGUUUAUUUUCUUAUGGUUUCUUUUUAAAAAGGCUAUGUUUCAGUAUUGAAAAGACAUAUAGAAGGGGGGGUGGGUGAAAAAGUAAUGCGUAUUUACAAGAUUACAAAUUUUAAGAAACUAUAGUAUUCGUGGAGUGGUACAGAUGAUUUUUUAGUGUUAAUUUACAGCAUGCAGGACGAGAUUGUGAAUAACUUUUAUCUGAACAAUAAUUGUCGUUGAGAUAUUUGUAACUGACAGGCGAGCAUAUAUAACGGUUCUGAGAAUGUCGACCUAAACUAUGAAUUUCUAUAGUCCAUAGUUAAAAAUUGUUCAAAGUUAUUACUUGGAUAAAAAUGACUCCACUAUACUACACUAGGAAUAAAAUGGAUGAAUUCUCGAGCAUGUACAAAGGAGGCAUAUACGCCUACUUCUAUAGAACACGUAGCAAAUAUGGCUACUCAUGGAAUUUGGGUCGUACCAUCUAUCAUAGGUGGUUUAGAACUUGUUCAUCGUUCUACAACAUGGAGACAAUUAGUAUCUGCUUACGUAUAUGGUACAUCUUUGAUCCUUGUUUUCAUGGUAUCAACUUUUUUCCAUAGUGUACAUUACUAUAAUUAUAACAGGCAACUUAAAGAUGCGUUGCAUCGUUUUGAUCGUGCUAUGAUCUACAUUUUUAUUGCUGCUAGUUAUUUUCCUUGGUUAAACAUAGAUCAUUUCCCAGAUGAUGAAUUACUCUGCGUAAUGCGUUACGCUAUUUGGAUAAUGGCAAUAUUGGGAAUACUUUAUCAACAAAUUUUUCACGAAAAAUAUAAAAUGUUAGAGAUAAUUAUUUAUUUACUUAUGGGAGUUGGUCCCAGCAUUGCGAUUAUCAAUGUUUACAAUUAUUACAAUAUCACCGAACUAAAAAUGGGAGGACUUAUUUACAUUUUGGGACUGGUGUUUUUUAAAUCUGAUGGUCGCGUACCAUGUGCACAUGCAAUUUGGCAUCUAUUCGUUGCAGCAGCAGCUGGGUGUCAUUACUAUGCUAUAUUAAAUCAUGUAUUUCCUGCAGCUGGUUCUACGGAUAGUUUUAUGCAACCAGGCGUGACGUCUUUACAUAAAUUAUUAAAAUCUCAUAUUGAAGAAUUAUGAAAACGCUUGUUUUCCAUAUAAAUUAUAAAUAUUAGAUACAAAAUUCAAGAUACUAUUCCUAUUUAAAUAUUCUAAUUGAAGACUGUAAUUAAUUUUGUUGUACCUGAAACGUAAAGACAAUUGCAUCCACAAAUUGUGGACAUUUAUCGAAAUGUUACUAAAGUAGCCGAUACUAAAAGACUAUUACUCGGUUACCAUUAACUAAUAGUAAUUAAUGCAUUAGAUAAUGUUGUAGAUUGAAAUUGGAAUGACGAAGCAAAGAUUGUGAAUAAUAAUCGAUUGUUAUAACAUUAUAAGGCAAUUAUUUUAUGAGAAAUAUUAAAUAAUCUUUUUCUACAGUCUAAAGCCGUUUGUAAAAAUCUAUAUAUUAUUUCAAAGUGUGAAAUAUAUGAUCCAUGUAAUAUAAUAACAGAGUAGGUGGCUAGCAAAAUUGACUGAUUUUAUUAGACUUUUAACAAAACCUAUUCUUCUAAUUACGAGCAUACUGUGCCAACACUUCUAUAUAUAUACAUACAUAUACAAUCUCCAUACACCAGGAAAAAGAAUAUUAGUUUUGCUAUUAGUUAUUUUUUUAGCAAGAUACAUAAAAUUUUGUAAAAAAAAUAGUAUCUAAAACUAC